AACUUCUCUGUUUGUCUCCACAUCAGUAGCAUGUGGCCUUAACAGCUGAUCUGUUAUACAAAAGGAGGUCUUAGGAAUUCGAACAGAAGAGCCCUCACGACUACAUACCCAGAACAACUAUAAAGCGUUUUAAUUUUGACAUCUAAAGGAAACUGCUCCCAUUUUGUUUUAAAUGCAGGAAAUGGAUUGAAAAAACUGAAAGAACUGUCAGUGCUCUACCACCAGAAGAAUAUGAGACAACGUUGAGUAUCUGCAUUACUGCAUGCUAUUUUUAGGUUACAGAUGGGUCAAGGACUUUGGAGGGUCGCAAGAAAUCAGCAGUUUCAACAAGGAUAUGCAGAGCACACUUACCUGUCCACAGAUUAUGGCAGAAGGAUAAUUGAUAAUGAUAACGAUAACUUGAAUCAUCAAAGGCAGCUUCAGGGUGGAAUGGAUAUUUGCCAUCUACUGAAAGCAAGGAAAGUGAAGGAUCAACAAGGAUUCAUCAAUCUUGAAAUGCUGCCACCAGAGCUGAGCCUUACCAUUCUGUCCUAUCUCAAUGCCACAGAUCUCUGUUUGGCAUCAUGUGUUUGGCAAGACCUGGCCAAUGAUGAACUACUUUGGCAGGGGUUAUGCAGAUCCACCUGGGGUCACUGCUCUAUAUACAAUAAAAGGCAUCCUCUUGGUUUUUCUUAUCGGGAUCUCUACAUGCGCCUGGAUGAAGGGAGUCUUACUUUCAAUGCUAAUCCACACUGGGGAAUUGAAUAUUUUAUAUCAAGGGGAAUUCUAGAUGAUUCAGCAAAAGAAAUUGGCAAGUUUAUCUUUUGUACUAGAACACUAAAUUGGAAGAAUCUGAGGCUCUACCUUGACAGAAGGAGAGAUGUUUUAGAUGAACUCGUGACACUACACAACUUCAGCAACCAGUUCCUACCAAAUGCUUUGAGAGACUUUUUCCGUCAUAUACAUGCACCGGAAGAACGUGGGGAAUACCUUGAAACACUCAUCACUAAAUUCUCUCAUAGAUUCUGUGCUUGUAACCCUACACUAGCAAGAGACCUGGGUCUCAGUCCUGAUGCAGUGUAUGUUCUGUGCUAUUCUUUGAUUCUGCUUUCCAUCGACCUCGCCAGCCCUCAUGUGAAGAACAAAAUGUCAAAGAGAGAGUUUAUCAGAAACACACGCCGUGCUGCUCAGAACAUUAGUGAAGACUUUGUAGGGCACCUCUAUGACAAUAUUUACCUUGUUGGCCACGUUGCUGUUUAAAGAUACACUCUCUAGGUUCUAGAACCAGUGGUGACCUCUCCCCAGGCCUUUGGCCAAGUGGCAAAUAUGGGGGUUAUGUUAGUGCUGGUCAUUCUAACCUCUGUCUACAAUUUAACAAUGUGUUUUCUCUUUUCUUAGCAAACUACCAUGAAAAGUGAAGAUUACUGCAGAAUUAUUUUUUUAUUAAUAUUUUUGCUUAUAAUGUCUUGCACAUAACGUGCCACUAGACUGAGCUAGCCCUUUAUGACUGUUAAACUGACAUUACAGCGUAGGCCUUCUUCAGGGUGUUGGAUAUAAACACUAGAAUUGUUAUUGAAAGCAUUUACCAAUGCAUCCUUUUUUAAUAUCUUGUAAUUUGUACAUACUAAACCACAGAGAUUUAUAAUCAUAAUAUUAAAUAUGUAAAGUAUUUUAACUAAA